AUUUAAUCACCUUGACUGAAAAAAUAUACCCGAAUAUUGACAAGGCUGGAGAAAAUUGCAGUUCAUGGUUAAAAGAGAGAGCUAUUCUCACUCCAACUAAUGAACAAGCUAAUUCUAUUAAUAACUUUUUACUGGAGCAACUGCCAACUGAGCAAGUAAGAUAUGAGUCGGUAGACACAGUAAUGGAGGACGAAGACGUUGUUCACUACCCUGUAGAGUUCUUACAUACUCUUAAUCCACCAGGAAUACCUCCUCAUGUUCUUCAUCUCAAGAUUGGCACCCCAAUAAUGUUGCUCAGAAAUUUAAACCCUCCAAAAUUAUGUAAUGGAACUAGGCUCCAAGUCAAGAUCUUACACAAAAAUGUUAUUGAGGCCACAAUUAUCACCGGAAAAUAUCAAGGAGAAACUGUAUUCAUUCCAAGAAUUCCGUUAAUUCCAUCAGACUAUCACUUUGAAUUCAAACGUCUGCAAUUUCCUGUUAAA